AUGGAGGAGGAGGCCGAGCGCCGUCGCCGACGCCGCCACCACCGGAAGCGGAGCCCGUCCGGAGAGGGAAGAGAAGGAGGAGGGAGUCGCUCUCCGCCGAAGGAGAAGCGGAAGAAGAGGAGCCGGAGCCCCCGCCGAAGCCUCGUCAGAGUCAAGCAGGAGCGGGAGGACCCACCUCGGAGGGGCCAUGAGGAGCGACCGCAUCGGGAUCAUUCUGGGCGGGGGAGAAGCGACAACAGGGACCGUCACCGGGGCCCUUCUGGCCGGAGGAAGCCCCACAGAGACGGCAAGGAGAGGGCCACUCUGCCGGAUCCAGAGCAGGAGGCCCAGAGGGAGUUCUACAACGCACGUCGGAGGGAGCGCCGCCAGCAAGCUGGGGCCAGUGGGGAUGAGGGGGGCCUGGAGGAGCAAGGCCCUGGUGGAGCAAGCACGGAGAAGCCAGCCGAUGAUAAGGAGAAGCCCAGCUUCGAGCUCUCAGGGGCCCUCCUGGAGGACACCAACACUUUCCGGGGUGUGGUGAUCAAGUACAGCGAGCCCCCAGAGGCCCGCAUCCCCAAGAAGCGGUGGCGGCUCUACCCCUUCAAGAAUGAUGAGGUCCUCCCGGUCAUGUACAUCCACCGGCAAAGCGCCUACCUCCUGGGACGGCAUCGACGUAUCGCUGACAUCCCCAUUGACCACCCGUCCUGCUCCAAGCAGCAUGCUGUCUUCCAGUACAGGUUGGUGGAAUACACCCGUCCGGAUGGCACAACGGGCCGGAAAGUGAAGCCCUACAUCAUUGACCUUGGUUCAGGUAACGGCACGUUUCUGAACAAUCAGCGCAUCGAGCCUCAGCGUUACUACGAACUGAAAGAGAAAGAUGUGCUGAAGUUUGGUUUCAGCAGCAGGGAGUAUGUUCUCCUCCAUGAAUCGUCAGACACCACAGAAGUGGAGCACAAGUCGGAGGAAGAGGAAGAGGAGGAAGACGAGGAGGAGGAGGAAUCCACUUGAAAGCUCUUCUGAAGAGGGAAUACUGGGCCUUUUUUUGCAGCCAAACUCAGAUCCAGACCAGACGGUUGAGGCACCGCUGCCCUGACACCUCUCACUGCCUUAAACUCUUGCGUUGGGACACUUUAGGGCUCAUUUGCCUCCAGGUUCAGUGGUUGCGGGCCUUGACUGACGGAAUCAGCUCUUCAGUUGGUUCUGAUCAAUCCAGAGAAGCGAGGGAGCUUUUUGUGGACCAGCCAAGGAAGUGGCGUUUGCAUUAUUUUAAAAAAACAAAAACUCUGAGGCCACAAACCAUACUGGACAAAAGCGGGGCCUUCCCCAAAAUGACCAACUGUUAUAUUGAUUUUGUUCUCUCCUGCCCCCUUCCUUCCCCAUUUUGACAGCUACAAAUAGAAGCUACUUAUUAUUUUUUGAAGUAGAAUUUUGGAAUAUACAAAGCUUGGUGAAUGUUCUGUGUAAUGUCUUUGUUUUUUAUUAAUGUGUUAAAAGGAAAGAAAUUAUAAGACUUUUUAUGGAUUUCUACAAUGCACAUAACCAGUUUUCAGGGAUAAGUGUGUAUAACUAAUUCCCAGGCUGUCCUGUCUGGAGUUUUAAAAAGAGCAUUUGGCUUCUGUGGAUUUCUUAUUGAUGAAAUGGGGGUGAGGGGGUGGGAAGGUGUUUGAUGCAAGUGCUUUUCUAGCCACCGUGGCCCUUUUCCCACUUAAUGCAGUGGCUAUAAUUCCCAGAAAAAGCAUGAGGAGAACAACAUCGUCAUGUGUCUCAUGGGAGAGAGAGGGCUGGGGAGGGAGGCAGUCCAAGGCUUUGCAGAGGGUUUAUUAUCAUGUAAGCGUGGGGCCAAAGACCAUUUAUUCAGGCAGAAGGUGCCAGAAAACAACUUGGGACAGCAGUUCGGUGUCCUUUACAAUAGUCUGUAUUUUUUAAAAAAUUAAAUAUUUGUAAAUUUAGUUUGAA